AUGACUCUUUUUCCUGCAUUAAUAUAGAUUAGGAAAGAAAUUGAUUCAUCUCCCCCGUGUUAUUAUGAAUUUGAUCUCCUUCCUCGCAUCGAUUAAAAAAUAUGCUUCCACUUUACCACACAAUUCAAAAAAUGAAAUUCUUGGAUUAGUGACUCUAUGAUUCAACUGCUGCUCCCCAAGGGAUGGAGAAAGAGGUUGGGGGACAGAAGGAACCGAAGGAGCAGCGUUCCGCCGCAGCGCCCCCGACCUUCAAUCUCCCCAUCCAGUGCAGGUUCACGCCGCAAACGUAUCCUAUCUUCAGGGAGGGUUGGGCAGGUUUUUCUCGUGGUCUGAACUCCCUGAAGGCCUCCCACUCUACCAUCCAGACCCAACAAUCACUCCUCACUAUGACUGAGGAGUACCUGGGUGGAACAUGGGGAAAAUAUCGAGCUAUGGAGGUCCUAAAGGAUAAGGAGUUGGCCGCCAGAGCUCUGCAACUGAAGGUUGGUUCCCUCGAGCAGCAAGUUCAUGCCCUACAAGAGGAGAAUGCCAGGCUCAAAGCAGAUGCCUCAGCGGAACUGCUGGCUGAGAGGUCCAGGGUCAAGUCCCUGCAAGAGCAGAUUGCCACCUACCAAGGAAGUACCCAGGACCUGGAGCCACAGUUUGACAAACUCCGGGGGCAAAUCUCCUGUCUGGAGUCGAAAGUCUCUGCCCUGGAAGGCAAAGAGGGGAGUGUGAAAGCUGAACUGGUUGAAAGGGAAUCCCGGAUCUCCGAGUUGGAGAAAUCACUCCAUGAGGCCAAGCAAGAGGGUGCCCACUUUAGUGAGGUCAUGUUGAAACACAUGGGGUUGAAACGAGAAGCCCUCCAGAAGCUGGAGAAGGAGAGAAAGAUUGCCAAUGAGCUAUGGUUGAAGGUGGGAGAACUGGAGAAGACAGUGGCUUCCCAUCAAGGAGAGGUGGCCGCCUUGACCGCCCGUGCAGAGGCCCUCUACGAAGAGGGGAAAUUUGACAUGCAGUUCUGCAUUUACGAGGCGGAGGCAUCUGGAGGACGAUGGGCUCUCUCCACACCUCCCCGCUCUGGUGUUCUUUUCUGGUCCAGGCGGGGCAGCAAGGGCCAGCGGAUUCAUUCCCCUUGCCGCGGUGUUCCCCAUGGAUCAUUGAAGCGCCGUUUCGCCCAGCCUUCAGAUUUUUUCAGUAGUAGGGUAGAAAUGAUGAUCUUCCUGCAUGCUCAGUCCAAUGACAUGGCUGGGCUGAGUCCCGGUGUAUUCUCAAGACUCUAUCCACCACCCCGUCUCCCUGCGCCUUCACCUCCUAGUCCACCCAGGCUCCCGUCCGGGAGGAUAGACUCGGACUCCAUAACCCUCCAAGGCUUCGCCUUGUACCAGAGGAUGCGCAGGGCUAGACUUGGGCGUUCUUUUCAGGCCGUAGAGGCAGAACUUUCGCGUGAAAUCCGGACAGCUUCUCCAAACCUGCCAAGGUCUCCCAGUGACGGUUCACCAUCUGCACCACCUGCACCCCGACCUGGGACGUGGGAAGACUAUGACAUGGGCGAGGCUGACGAUUCCGCCGCGUAUCCUUCGUCAGAGAGAAGGAGCCUGUGGAGAGGCCCCCCACCUCCUUCCAGCUGACUACAUGGAUGCAAUUGGCCCUCCUUCAGCGCCUAGCUCCCUGCGGAUCAGUUUUUUCUUUUCUUGUUUUAUCUCAAGAGACAUUCACUUGUUUGGUUCGGGGGUUACCCCCGCGUCCUAUGCCAAGGAAUGUCCUUUAAUCUCAGAUCAGGAACAAUCUUUGUAAUCCAAAGAUAUAUCCUUCGAAUUAGCAAUCGAUGAACUUCCUCACUCCCUUGUUUCAUUCAUCUCGUUGGGAACCAUUAUUGUGGACGAAAGAUAAAGCCUUUUACCCAUCAAUAUAGCUCCUCGUGUUUA